UCUAAUAAUAAAAAUUUGUGGAAAACGAACACAAUCUAAAAGUCUAAAAUGAGACGCACACAAAUUACAUAUAAUUUAUAAUUUUGUUUAAAGAAAAUCAGAAAUACCCAAUAAUUUAUAAUUCAACCAGAACAAAGUGGUAACAAAUGUAACGCGAGUAAGUUAACCACGGUUAGGCCCAUUAAUAUGGUGGGGUUACCUGAGGUCCCGGGAUCGUCCAAGAAGAACUCCGGGAGCUCACAAUAUUACAGACAGAGGGGCCUAGAAUUAUUUCGAGUCAAAAGUCAGAAGGAAAGAAAAAGAAAAAGAAAAAGAAAAAAAGCUUGGCUGGUAGGGAGAACGAAGGCCAUGCAACAACGAAAUGCGAAGCGUGAUCAAGCCAUGAUUCUCAAUUGCGUGUAUCAAUUUACGGUGGAGUUUCCAGUGAUGCACUUCCAAAACCGUACAGCCAUGGCGGUGGUGGUAUUCAUCUCAUUCUCAUCUCUCUCUGCGUUUAUCAAUUGAAUAUCGAUUCCGUACCUACGUACGUUCAUCUGCUCCCCCAAUUUUCUCAAUACAUUCUCCUAAUCUUCCUUCCUUCCCUCCUAUUUUUAUGCCCUAGCCGCAAUCAAAUCCCCAAAUUGAUUUGAUUUCGUCUCGCAUUCGUUUCCCCCUUUUCUUUGCUUAGCUAUAUUCAUAGCGAAACCCUAAUAAUUUGAUGUUGUUCUUAGCUCCAAUUACAAUAAAACCAAUCGAAUCCUCGUGAGUUUGGAGGUAAUUGUUUUGAUGCGUUGACAGGAUUAUCCCCUUUAGGGUCAGGAAGGGGUAUAUGAAAUUGGGGGGAAUUUUUUUUUUGUAGUUGAGCUAUCGAUCUGAUCCUUAGAAACUUGCAGAAACUCGUCUUCUCUGAGGCGCCAUAGCUACAUUUCAUAGCUACAUUUUCAGAUGGUGAACUUUAAGAGAGCUAGGGAUUGUUAUUUCUAUUGAAUUCCACUGCGUUUGAUGGGGAAUGCUUGCAUAGGCCCUAAUGCCAGGAAGGGAUUUUUCGCUUCUUUGACGGCUACCGUCUGGAGAGGCCGUCGGCACCGCGAGCGAGACCCGAACAAAGGGAAGGAGAAAGAUAAGGAUAAGGAUAAGGAUAAGGACAAGGACAAAGAGAAAGAGGAGAAUGAAACCAGCAACAAUCAAGCUAAGAAGGAUAGCAGCACUGACAAUGGAGUUGCAGGGAAUUCAGUGUGUAAAAUUGACGGUACUUGUCAAUCUGAUGUCCAGAGCACGCCCCCUGCUCCGAUCAAAAUAAGAGAUGCCGAGCCUAAACCUGCUGAGGAGCCGCCAAAGGGGGAAGCAAAGGCCGAGGCUCGUGGUAAUAAUGCCAGCAAGAGGGUGAAGUCGAAGAAGGCCAGUCAUAUGAAGAGCGUAUCGAGCGCAGGACUGUUGGUCGAUUCUGUGUUGCAGCGAAAAACCGGGAACUUGAAGGAGAAGUAUGUUUUGGGGAAGAAGUUGGGACAGGGGCAAUUCGGCACGACUUAUUUAUGCAUCGAGAAGGAUACUAACAAGGAGUUCGCCUGCAAGACGAUUGCUAAGAGGAAAUUGACUAACGACGAGGAUGUUGAGGAUGUUAGGAGAGAAAUUCAGAUAAUGCACCACUUGGCGGAAAAUCCCAACAUUAUCUCCAUUGUCGGAGCUUAUGAGGAUGCAGUCGCAGUUCAUGUUGUGAUGGAGCUUUGUGCUGGUGGGGAGCUUUUCGACCGGAUCAUCGACAGGGGGCAUUAUACAGAAAGAAAGGCUGCUGAGCUCGCCAGGAUAAUUGUUGGGGUUGUCGAAGCCUGUCAUUCCUUGGGAGUCAUGCACAGGGACUUGAAACCCGAGAAUUUUCUUUUCGUGAGCCGGGAAGAGGAUUCGCAGCUCAAAACCAUUGACUUUGGGCUCUCGGUGUUCUUCAAGCCAGGUGAGAUAUUUAGGGAUGUUGUGGGAAGCCCGUAUUAUGUGGCGCCGGAGGUAUUAAAGAAGUAUUACGGCCAAGAAUGCGACGUGUGGAGCGCUGGAGUUAUUAUUUACAUUUUGCUUUGUGGAGUUCCGCCCUUUUGGGAUGAAACGGAACAGGGGAUAUUCGAGCAGGUUCUGAAGGGGGAUCUCGACUUCGUCACGGAUCCUUGGCCUAGUAUAUCGGACGGUGCAAAGGAUCUUGUUCGAAGAAUGCUCAUCCGCGAUCCCAAGCAACGGCUCACUGCCCACGAAGUUCUGUGCCAUCCGUGGAUUCAAGUUGGCGGCGUCGCUCCAGAUAAGCCUCUCGAUUCUGCUGUCCUAACUCGUCUGAAGCAAUUCUCCGCGAUGAACAAACUCAAGAAGAUGGCUAUCAGAGUUAUUGCCGAAAACCUCUCUGCUGAAGAAAUUGCUGGGCUGAAAGAAAUGUUCAAAAUGAUUGACAGCGACAACAGCGGGCAUAUAACUCUCGAGGAACUUAAAAACGGAUUGGAAAGAGUCGGCGCGGACCUCAAAGAUGCAGAAAUAGUCGAUCUAAUGCAAGCUGCUGAUGUCGACAACAGCGGAACUAUCGACUAUGGAGAGUUCGUAGCAGCGAUGCUGCACCUGAACAAAGUCCAGAAAGAGGACCAUUUGUACGCGGCGUUUUCGUACUUCGACAAAGAUGGCAGCGGGUACAUCACGCAGGACGAGCUUCAACAAGCCUGCGAGCAGUUCGGUCUCCACGACUUGCAGAUGGAAGACCUGAUCCGCGAAGUUGAUCAGGACAACGAUGGCCGGAUUGAUUACAAUGAGUUUGUAGCUAUGAUGCAGGACACUGGUUUGGGUAAGGGGUUCAAAUCCAUGUAGAGAGAAAAUGUGUAUGUAUGUAUCUAUAUAUUAUGUAUGUAUAUAUAUAUAUACAUAGAGAGAGAGACCACUCUCUAUCUGUUGAUGUUAUUGAUAGGUUGUUUUUUUUUUUGGUUAGGGUAUGAAAGAUUACUUCAUUCUUUGAUUUUUCACGUCUUUUUGUUGUAUUUAGCCGUUGUUGUAUAGAAGCAAUGCAUUGGAAGAUUGAAGCUUGA